UGUUGUAAUUGUGGCCGCUGGGGGCGCUGUGGUGUUUCUGAGUGAAUGAGGAGAAGAAGAGAGCAGAAUGUCGGCGCUGAUAAAAGCACGGAAAGCUGUGGGUUUAGCUGUGGGGUGCGGCGCCCGCAGUUUAACUCAGCUGGCAGAGUUACCUGAGCUUCAUCAGAUGAUGAGACAGACGUGUCGGGAUUACGCAGACCGGGAGCUCGCCCCCAUCGCCGCACAGCUCGACAAGAGUCACACCUUUCCAGCAAAACAGGUUCGUGAGCUGGGAGCGAUGGGAGUGAUGGCGGUGGAGGUGCCGGAGAGUCUCGGGGGGGCUGGGAUGGAUUAUCUGGCGUACAGUCUGGCUAUAGAGGAGCUGAGCAGAGGCUGCGCGUCUACAGGCGUCAUCGCCAGCGUCAAUAAUUCGUUGUACCUGGGUCCGGUUCUGAAGUUCGGUUCUGAGGAGCAGAAGCAGCAGUGGAUUCCUCCGUUCACCACGGGGGAGAAGGUGGGCUGCUUCGCUCUGAGUGAACCAGGUAACGGUAGUGACGCGGGCGCCGCCUCCACGGUGGCUCGGCAGGACGGGGGCGAGUGGGUGCUGAACGGCACUAAAGCCUGGAUCACCAACUGCUGGGACGCUUCAGCCAGUGUGGUCUUCGCCACCACCGACAAGAGCCUCAAACACAAGGGGAUCAGUGCGUUCCUGGUGCCGAUGCCUCACCCGGGUCUCUCUCUGGGGAAGAAGGAGGAUAAACUGGGAAUCAGAGCCUCGUCUACGGCCAACAUCAUACUGGAGGACUGCCGCGUCCCUCUGGGGAACCUACUGGGAGAACGGGGGAUGGGCUUUAAAAUCGCCAUGCAAACUCUGGACAGUGGGCGUAUCGGGAUCGCGUCUCAGGCUCUGGGAAUCGCUCAGGCGGCGCUGGACUGUGCGGCGGAUUACGCUCACAAGAGAACCGCCUUCGGAGCUCCAAUCGCUAAGAUGCAGGCAAUACAGUUUAAGUUGGCGGACAUGGCGGUGGCGCUAGAGAGCGCUCGUCUCCUCACCUGGAAAGCUUCCAUGUUACGAGAUGCGAAGAAACCGUUCUCCAAGGAGGCGGCGAUGGCUAAGCUGGCAGCGUCUGAGGCGGCGACGUUCUGUUCCCACCAGGCGAUCCAGGUGUUGGGGGGGAUGGGUUAUGUGACGGACAUGCCGGCGGAGCGGCACUACCGCGACGCUCGCAUCACCGAGAUCUACGAGGGAACCAGUGAGAUCCAGAGACUGGUGAUCGCCAACCAGGUGCUGAAGGAGUAUCAGCAGUAGAGACUGAUCGUCAUCACCAUCACCUGCUGCCUUCGUCUUCCUACCACACCGCCAGUUACACCUGUUCACCAGGAUCUGGAGGUGAUCUGGAGAGACGGGUGGAAUACCUGAGGAGUGUGGGAGGGGGAGGAGCUACAGGAGCCUGUUUGAGUGCAUUUUUUAAUCCUGCCACCAGGAGGCAGCAGAGUGCCUGCGCUGAUCACGGAGCUCAUCCUCAGAGCUGGAGAUCCACCACCCUGCAGAUCACACACACACCUGAGUCCACCUGAAUGUUCUCCUGUUCCUGAAGGCCUUAAUUACCUGGAUCAGGUGUGUGUGUGUGUGUGUGUGUGUGUGUGUGUGUGUGUGUGUGCGUCUGUGUGUGUGUGAUCUGCUGGGUGGUGGAUCUCCACUCCAGGACUCAGCUCUCCUGCCUGAGAGAACGUUACUUCAUCAAAAUAAAUCUUCUGAAAUGGUUCUAAACUGAUCUUAUUUAUGGUUCUAAAUGUAGAAUUAGGUUCUUUAUCUCAUUAGAACCUGAAACUGGAGCUUCGGUUCAGAUCUUCACACCUGCAUUACUGUCAUAUUUACUAUCAGAGACAUCAUCGGCCUUAAUCUAGAGCCCUGUGGGACUCCUGAACAUCCAACUUAACACAAAACAGUUAAUAAAUAAUUCAUAAGAGUUUCUCAUUUUUCCAGCUUCUUACAGAAAUAGUUUCUAGUCGUUUUUUCUCUGUAUUUCUUUUCUCCUCUGAGCUGAUUGGUCAGGUUUGUUGUUGAAGUUUGUACAGAAUGAUGUAGAAAUUUUACUCUGUUCUUUUUUCUGUGGAUACGACUAAAAUCAGGGUUUGGUUGCACAUAAUAAAUAUACACACGCACAAUAAAAA